UAGACGCUUCAUCUCCAAGUUAGGGUGGUUUACGUUGCGAAAUUUGCCAGGGAAAUACCUCAGAAAUAGCUCAAAAUGUCUUCAUAUUAUAACGAUAUUGUCUAUUCUACUAAAUACAAGGAUGACACAGGAUUUGAAUACAGGCAUGUUAUUCUGCCAAAAACGAUGGCUAAAAAAGUCCCAAAAGACAGACUCAUGACCGAGCAAGAAUGGCGAGGGAUGGGAGUCCAGCAAUCACAGGGGUGGCAACAAUACAUGAUUCACAAACCAGAACCACAUAUUCUUCUAUUCAGAAGACCAGCAACAGAAUAGACACCCAUAGAGAACAAAGAAUAUUAUAAUUCAGAUGACCCGKGGAAGUUAUCAUGAAAUAAUAACAAUGCUCAUUGAUGCAAUUGUAAAUAUGGAUUAUGUACAUAAACUCUCCUCUUAUAUAACUCAUAUCUAUCCAGACCUGUAAAUUGUCAGAUUUCUUUCAUAAAUGAAACAGUCGUUGACCACAGGACUUAUAUAAUGAAGUAGUAAUGUCAAGUUCAAGAAUUCACUGUACUUAAAAUGAAAUAUUUCUAGAUUUGUGUUGUACUUUUGAUGUUUUAGGCAUUGUGUUCUGUAUUUCUUGUUUACAAGGCUAAUUACAAUAUUUGUGACAAUUGUUAUCAUUAUUGAGAAUAAAUGUUGCUUUGUAUUUCAUUCAAUAAAAUUUUGACAGCUUUGUACAUA